AUCAAAUCGGCUCUGCAGUCUGCAUUCGAUUGCUUUAGCCUGAAGCCUAACCUGAAUCGAUAGCAGAUGUGAUGCUAUCGCUGAUGCAACACACUGACAGGUCCACUCAGCCGACUUUUCUCACACACGUCUCAUUGAUAGAAGCCAGGUUUUGAGGCAGAAGACCAUGGCAGAUCAGCUAAGUCCGGAUGAGAAGUUCCACCUCAUUACCAGGAACCUCCAGGAGGUCCUGGGAGAAGAGACGCUGAAGCAGGUUCUUCAGGAGAGAGAGCUGAAGGUGUACUGGGGUACAGCAACCACGGGCAAACCCCAUGUAGCUUACUUUGUCCCAAUGUCCAAGAUAGCAGACUUUCUCAAGGCUGGGUGUGAGGUCACUGUUUUGUUUGCAGACCUGCAUGCCUACUUAGACAACAUGAAGGCCCCCUGGGAGCUGCUGGAGCUCAGGGUAAAAUACUAUGAGCAGAUUAUCAAGGCCAUGUUGGAAAGCAUCGAUGUGCCUCUGGAUAAACUCAAGUUUGUCAAAGGAACUGACUACCAGCUCAGCAGAGAGUAUACUCUGGACGUGUACCGCCUGUCCUCCAUAGUGACCGAGCAUGACGCUAAGAAAGCUGGAGCUGAGGUCGUCAAACAGGUGGAGCAUCCACUGCUGAGUGGUCUGCUCUACCCUGGCCUGCAGGCUCUGGAUGAGGAGUACCUCAAGGUGGACGCCCAGUUUGGAGGAGUUGACCAGAGAAAGAUUUUCACAUUUGCAGAAAAGUACCUGCCCUCUCUUGGCUAUGCCAAACGCGCUCACCUGAUGAACCCGAUGGUACCAGGUUUGACAGGGUCCAAGAUGAGUUCCUCAGAAGAAGAGUCAAAGAUUGAUCUGCUGGACUCCAAAGAGGAUGUGAAGAAGAAGCUGAAGAAAGCUUUCUGUGAGCCAGGCAACAUUCAGAACAAUGGAGUUCUGUCCUUUGUCAAAUAUGUGCUCUUUCCUCUACAUGGAGAGUUCUGCAUCAAAAGAGACCCCAAAUGGGGAGGAGACAAAACGUACACUGCAUUUGAAGAGGUGGAGAAAGACUUUGCUGAGGAGACCAUCCAUCCAGGAGACCUGAAGGCCUCAGUGGAGGUAACACUAAACCAAUUGCUGGAACCAAUCAGAAAGAAGUUUGAGUCUCCCGAGCUCCGCAAACUUACCAACUCUGCCUACCCCAGCGCUUCCAAGACGAAAGGAGCAGUAAAGGGUGCCAAGGCCGGAGGAGGUGGUGGGGGUGGAGAGGAUGAUGAGCUGGCCCCCUCAAGACUGGACAUCAGGGUGGGCAAGAUCAUAAGUGUGGAGAAGCAUCCAGAUGCUGAUUCGCUCUACCUGGAGAAGAUUGAUGUGGGAGAGCCGGAGCCAAGGACGGUAGUGAGUGGGCUGGUGGCCUAUGUUUCACAGGAGGACUUACAGGACAGAAUGGUGUUGGUGCUGUGCAAUCUGAAACCCCAGAAGAUGCGAGGGAUUGAGUCUCAAGCUAUGCUGCUAUGUGCCUCUAUUGAAGGGGAGCCUAGGAGGGUGGAACCUUUGGACCCUCCAGAGGGGUCGUCACCAGGAGAAAAGGUCUUUGUCGAGGGGUAUGAGACAGGCAAACCAGAUGACAAACUCAACCCAAAGAAGAAGGUGUGGGAGAAACUGCAGGUGGACCUGAAGAUAUCAGACGAAUGUGUAGCUCAGUGGAAAGACAAACAUCUAAUGACCAAACUAGGACAGAUCACAUGUAAGACACUCAAAGGAGGCAACAUCAGCUAGAUACACAUAACUAUCACCACUGAAGCUGCUUUGGCCAGCCACAUUAAAACAAAACAAAAGAAAAAAAACCUCUUGUCUGCAAAUCACCAAGGCAACCAACAGUGACUUCAUCUGGAUGUUUUCAUGAAGAACAACAUUGCUGCCAAAAGUCUGAGAUGUUUGGACUGGUCUAGACAAAUUCUGUUAUCUUGUUGUCACUUUACUAGAAAAAUAAGAGCUCUGUACAACAAUUGUGUAACUAAUAUUCCUAUUAUUCAUUACUCUGACUUUUUUUAAAACUUGUUCUGUGUUCUUAAAACACUUAAAUAUACAAAUACAACAUGACAGUGUUUCUGUAAAAGAAACACACAGCUUCACAGCUAAUGAUGGAUUACUUUCUUGAAUGUUGCAGUACUGCUGGUCCAUGGUAGUUGCUGAUAAGGAAUCUCAGGUGUUUGAAAAGGGACUUAAUGUUUCAGUAGUUUUCCAGAAUAAAACUGCACUGUGCUGAUUGCAUUCACGGUAGAUCUGCCAAACCUAAUUAAUAAGCGGUUUUAUGGGUUUCGGGCAUCAAAUGUGUAAAAAUAUAUCAUGUAUCAUAAGACACAUAAGACGGUUGUGUUGGAGGUAGUGUUGUACAGAAAUAAAUAUCUGGACGUUAACUGUCAUAAUGCAUAAUAAUGCAUCAUCUGUCAUAUGAAAUAAACACUGGCUGAAUUGUG